CCAUUGGUUCCUGUGAUAUCAACAAUACUCCAACUGAGCCCAGAGGAAAUACAAAGUAUAAGAGAAAAUGCCCUAAACGCUACGGAUAACGGUCAGGUGGUUAUAGGUUAUGGUGUUUUAUGA